AUGAUUUCCGAGAGCGGAGUAUCUGGUGAUGUGCAAGACAAAGACGUGCAGGGCGACGUGGUGCGUCCGGUAUCGAAGGAUCAGCAUAAAGCUUUGCCGCCACGUCGUACAGUUGCCGCAAGCUUCAAGCCACUCUGCCUUGCGCUUGAUGUCGGGGCCCGAUCUCUUGGCCAGCCAGGCGUAUCGGGGCAAGUGAAGCGACGACAAGUGGGCGUUAAUGAUCGUCGAGCGCAAGUUGAGAAGCAGAGUAAAGAGGACGAAAUCAUGCAAGAAGAUGACAGUUCGUGCCAGAAGCGCGCAAGAGGACCAACGUCUGCCUUGCAGGUCUUUUUGCGUAACGCCGGCCUGGGGAAGGGAAGAUGGACAUUCAGGACCGAUGGGAAGGAUAGGUCGAGAGAGGAAGACAGCAAAUAUGGUUGGGUCGACGAAGGCGGUCGCAGAGAGCUUCUUAAGGCGCAGGCGGUCUCGACAAGCAGGUUGCACGGUGGGUCAGGCCAUGCGAAGGAUGGAAAAGGUAUGUGGGAGUGA